GAAGAUAACUCUAAUUUUUCAUCAGUCGUUUACAUUCUGCAGGUUUACCUGAUACACUGAGAGUUCGACUAUUGAGGAUGUCUUGCACUUCGAAGAGAAGUAUGCCUAGGGAUGAAACGGAGGACUUACCUAUUUUAAGACUGACUAUAAAACGAUUAGAAGAUUUGGAAAAUGCAAAAACUAUGAAAGGAAAAGACCGACGAAAAUUAGAUAUUUCAGAGCUCGACAACCAAAUUUUAGCAAAUAUCAAAACUAUGGAAAAACAUUUUAGACAUUAUUUAGAGAGCAAUGGUUACAGUAAUAAUUCUGAGAUGUGGCCUUGUAUACACCAGUCACCAGUCUCGCCGGACCAAGAAGAAUCAUCACCUGUAAAUCUUUCAUUAAUUGAUGUUAUUAAUAAAUUAGAAAGUGACAUAAAACAUUUGGAAGAUGAUUGUCAAGAGUACAAACUCCGAAUACGGAGCUUGCAAGAGUCAGAAGAUAGACAUAUAAAAACCAUUAAUUGUCUUAGAAAAGAACUGCAGACUUCUGAAACUUGUCAAUAUAAAUUAUCUGAUGAAAUAGAACAUUUAAAACAGAAGAUAAAUCAGUUGGAAGAUAGGUUGUCUCUGAAAGCUGAGGAGAUGGACAGAACCAUCAAGGAAUAUGAAAGGAAUGAAGAGAGAUUAAAUACGAAAAUAAAAGAAGUUGAAGGAGACAUUCAGACCUACAGAGUAGCCCUUAUAAAUUUAAACACAAAACACACCCGUACAGAAGCAGAUUGUCUUAAGAUAGAAGGAGAAUGUGCAGAAAAAUGUAGAGAGGUCAGAAGAUUACAGCACCAACUUAAAGAUGUAGAAGAAAAACUAAAGAGGUAUCAAGAAGCAGCACAUAUAAUGAAUAAAACAAACUACGUUUCUGACCAGAAAGAGGAUAUUUUAGAAGAUAAACAAACUUUCUCAAUAAUACAAGAUGAUUUUAGAAAAUGUUCUGCUAAAUAUGAAAACAAAUAUGACGAGAUUUUGUCUUGUAUGUCAUCAUUGCUCGUGCAUCAAUGGAGUGAUACCAGGAAAUAUUUGGUGGCAAAAGGACACAAUGAGUACCAGAUAAUAAAUCUCCUUGGAAAAAUUAUGCAUGUGGCUUAUGUUGAAUGCAGAAAGAAACUAAAUAGAUGUGUCGAUCAAAAGCUAGAAAUGGAUAUGAUAAGAAGACAAACUAGUCACGAAUAUGAGUUCCCAAAACCACCUCGCUUGUUUGAUCUUUCCAUCAAGACUGUAGAGGCCAACUCCAAGUUAAUACUGUCAGAUAUAUACAAGAUUGUAGACAAAUCUUGGAUGUUAGAAUUUGACGAUGUUGACGUAUGUCGUGCAGUAGACAUAUUUAAAGAGUUGAGCAUAAUUACAUUUUGGAGAAUGGCUGCGAAAUUCAAAGAAGUUCGACUUGAUUGGAACUGCCUGAAAGACAAUACCAAAGACAUUCAAACAUCAGAUGCACAGAACGUUUUCUUGUGGCCUGGAGUUUAUGAAAUGAAGUCAUGAAUUUGUUUUUAUCAAAAAGAAAAAAAUACAUUUCCUCAUUUUAAUUUGUUGAUUUUUGUUUUGUUUUGCAAAUGUUAAUUAAAUUUCGAGAUUAAUUCUGAUUUACACAGAUUG